CUCAAAAUCAUCACUUGUUCAUUUCCGUAGCUUCUUUACCCCAGGGGAGAAGAAAAACUAAGUUCUUCAUGGCUAUGGCAAGCGGAGCAAUCAGUCUUCCUAUUAGUGUGUAUUGUUCUUCGGAGAAAUUGAAAGGUUCUUCAUCAUCGUAUGGUCAGAAGAGCUUCAGGGCGUCCAGAUUUCCUGCUAUUAAAGCAGUUCAAACACGACAUGCGAGACAGAGACGGCCGCAGAAUGUAGAAGGGGACUUCUUUGUAGAUCACACAUGCAUAGAUUGUGACACCUGCCGCUGGAUGGCUCCGCAAACAUUCACACGUGUUGAUGGGAUGUCAGCAGUUUUUAAACAGCCAACUUGCCAGGAGGAACGAUUAGAGGCUCUUCAGGCCUUAACUUCCUGUCCAACGGGUUCAAUCCGUACAGAAGUACCCCCUCCUGAUAUCCUAGAAGCUCAGAAGACUUUUCCACUUCCAAUUGAUGAACAGAAACUUCCGGGUAUUUAUCACUGUGGUUACCAUGCUGAGAAAUCAUAUGGAGCUGCUUCCUACUUAAUUGUUCAUCCUGAAGGAAAUAUACUUGUAGAUAGCCCAAGAUACAGUAAGAGGCUUGCUCAUAAUAUUGAGAUGCUGGGUGGAGUGCGCUACAUGUUUCUAACGCACAAGGAUGAUGUUGCUGAUCAUAAGAAGUGGUCAAAUCAGUUUAGUUGUGACAGAAUUCUGCACUCUGGAGAUGUUGAAGCUUCUACCACUGAUGUGGAGAUAAAGCUAGAGGGAAGUGGUCCAUGGAGCCUUGGCAAUGACAUUAUACUCAUACACACACCAGGACACACUGAUGGAUCAGUCUGCUUGUUCCAUAAAUCACUUGAAAUCAUGUUCACAGGUGACCAUCUUGCAUUAACACAAUCUGGAUUGAGCAUAUAUGAGAUGUACAAUAGAUAUUCAGUUCCUAUGCAGCUGAAGAGUGUUCAAAAGCUGUUAGAGUUGGAUUUCCGGUGGAUAAUACCUGGUCAUGGUCGGAAAGUCGAAUUCAAAGAUUGUCAAGAGAAGAACUCUACUCUGGAAGCCUUUUUGAAAACAAAGUAUGGCCAAUUCACCCAGAUAUGAGAAUCAGGAAUCCAUAUUCACGUUGGAAAUGAUCAAAAUAAAGAAGACUAUAUUAGUUUACACAUGAUUCAAUCUUUCUUCCUCAGUUUCUCCAAUACCCUGUAAUAGGAUUCUAUCACAAUGUCUACCAACUACGUUGUCUAGACAUUUUUAAGGAUUAAAUUAAUAGAUGAAAGCAUAUUGAAGAAAAUGUGCUUGUAAUUGUAGGUUAGGUACAACGCAAGUAGGCCACACUUUGAUACAAUCUUUCUUCCCAACACCAGUUUCCUAACAUUGUCUUUUACUUUUUUUUUUUCCUUUUUACUUGAUUCCAAAAUCUGGAAAAUGUGGUGGGUUUUGAUACAAUCUGAGUGUUGCUUUCAGUGAGGAGUCUUAUAUAAUUAAGGCAUUCUAAUAUU